CGUCAUUCGUGUGUCGCAUUAAAACGGUGAGAGACUCUCGAUCAGCUUCGUAAAGUGUGAAAAAUGUCACAGAAGUCUGGUCCUGUGCUGAAAGCUGGUCACGCUCCAGCAGUGAAAGCUGGCGGUAAACGGGUGGUCAAAAAAAGCCCGGAGGACAACACCACCCAUGGGAGUCCAGAGAAGGACAGAAGGAGGUGUGAUAAAGUGAGCAGGUCUCUCGGCGCCUCCAACAGGAUGCAACAAGUCAUCCUUCUGGCAGGAACUCUUGACAAGCUCAGCCACAAUUUCCCAGAGACCCCAGUGAGCGUGAGGCACAGCAGGGUGUGCCCCACCGUGGUGAAGCCUCACUCACCUCGAACCUUCGUCAUCCAGCAGCCGAGGAAGUAACUUGUAAUGCCCCAAAGGAACUGGUGAUAACUGUUUAAAGACAAACAUCAAGUGUUACACAUGUG